UAAAAAACUGCUUCUGUUAAUCUGGAAACAUGCUAACACUAACAUACGGGUUCUUUGGGAACCAACGUGACGACAGGAAUAAUUUAAACCGCUAAGAGUCGAAGACAAACCUUAUCAAAUUUGCUCUUGAGGUGUCAGCAACGUGUUUUAUAAUUAUAUUGGCAAACUGGCACAACUUAAAGUAUGCCGAAUUAGCUAUUAUCAAGUAUUGUUUGCAAAAUACCCGUUGGUUUAGAGACAACUAUCAUUAUGUUACUUAAAUAUUAAGGAAAAUCUUAAAAUAUGAGUAUUCUCAGGCGAGUUCUGAAGCGCCUUUUCCCCCAUGAUUUCUAAGAGGAUUUACGGACGUGAUUUCGAAAUAGGCAUCGGAGAUAAUGGUGUCCCCGGAAAGUGUAAGUCACACUGAAUCCAAAAAUAUUUGUUUUUUGUCUGUAUGCCCAGACUUUAUUGAGUUUAAACUCCUGAGAAAGAGGGAUACGAUUUUUGACCCAGACUCCCCUCACGCAUCGCGUCUCUUUCCCCUGCUUUCCUGGGGAGGCUAUUUUGGCUUCGUCCUGGAGGUUGCCCGUAUCUAUUAGUCCAUGUCUGUUACAACCGAUGUACUGUUUUAAUUUUCUGAAGGGUAAAAUGCCGUUGUGUUCAAUUAACCGAGGAGCACACUGAAUAUUUUAUUCCCCACCUCCUCUCCUUGUAAUAACAAUCCAAUCCGGAUGGUGGGGGUGUGGACAGUCAAAAACAACUACAGCAGCACAUUUUGUUUUACUGUUUUUCUACUGGAACAGGCAAAUGUGCGUGAGCCAAAAUGUCAAGGGCACCUCGAAGUGCUUCACUGACUUGACCUAGUUAAAGAGGUGGGUGCAGUGAAGAAAGCUCGGUGGAUUUAGACACUGCCCUCUGUUAUCCAGAGGAGCUGAUCAGUGGCCGCAGUGGACUCUGACCUACCCAGGAGCCAUGUGAUUUCCAUCAGCGUGAGUAUGUAACAUCAGCCAGAGGAGAUAUGUCACUAAACGCUAUGUAAGAUGACAGCAAGUCGUAUCCAACACCAUCUGGGACUCAAGACACUUUCUUAUCGAGCUCUGACUGGAAGCUGAGCGAUGAUAGCUACUGAUGUGUGGGAGGGAAGUCAGGGAUCGCAGACGUAUGACACACGGCCGAGGUGGAACCAUCUGUUUCUUCUUCCUCCUCAGAGUUUCUUCAGACUAAUCCAGCUGCAGUAUGGCUCUGCUCGUCCACAUGCUGGCCUGUGCCUUCGGCCUGGGCUCCUGGGUGGCGGUGAACGGCCUGUGGGUGGAACUGCCGCUCAUCGUCAACACCCUCCCUGAAGGCUGGGAGCUCCCCUCAUACCUGACUGUCAUCAUCCAGCUGGCCAACCUGGGACCCUUGCUGGUCACCCUCAUGCACAAACUGUGCCCGGGUCGUCUUAAAGAGCAGGUUGUCAUUUACUCCAUCCUCUCCAUCGGCAUCCUCUCCUGCAUCCUGCUCGCCUUCUUCUGGGACAGGACGAUGAUUGUAGCUGGAGCAUUGCACAGCACCGCCUUCUUCAUCAUCACCUUCUUCCUCUCUCUGGUGGACUGCACCUCCUCAGUUACCUUCCUGCCUUUCAUGAUGCAGCUUCCAGCAAAAUACAUCACCACAUAUUAUAUUGGAGAAGGGCUAAGUGGGUUCAUCCCCGGCGUAGCUGCUCUGGCUCAAGGUGUGGGCAUCGCCAAGUGCGUUAACUCCUCUCAGACUGGAGGAAACCACACAGGCGAGAACGUGUGGUCCUUACAUACAGAGUAUCUCCCUCCAAACUUCUCCACAGAGGUGUUUUUCUUCUUCCUGGCAGCCAUGAUGUGCCUAAGCCUGGCUGCUUUUGUUGCACUGAACAGGCUUCCUCGGACGUUCGAGCUGUCCACGGAAAACCUUGUGCCUGAUGCCGUGGCCUCUGUCAGCUCCGGCCUGGAUAACCCUGGAGCGGAGACCGAUGGAGAGGCUGUGAAAUGUCAGGGUCAGGGUGAGGGUGAAGCCCAGAGCAGGCCUCUGCUAUCUGCUUCAAAGCACUCAGUGUACCAGCUGAUGUUCAUCUACUUCCUGGUGGUGUGGGUUAACACCGCCACCAACGGCCUGCUGCCCUCUGUGCAGACGUACUCCUGCAUGCCCUACGGGAACCUGGCCUAUCACCUCUCUGCUGCUCUUGCAUCAGUGGCCAACCCAGUGGCCUGCACCAUCGCAAUGUUCUUCCAAAACAGGUCACUGGUGUUCCUUGGUGUCCUGACGGUGUUGGGGACAGGAUUUGGCAGCUACAACAUGGCCAUGGCAGCCAUGAGUCCGUGUCCUUUGUUUCAUGGGACUGCGGUGGGACAGGUGAUCAUUGUGCUGUCAUGGCUCUCCUUCACCGGAACGCUGUCCUACGUCAAAGUCAUGGUGGGUGUCAUCCUCAGAGACCGGAGCCACAGCGCCCUGGUUUGGUGCGGAGCAGCGACGCAGAUCGGCUCACUAGUCGGCUCCGUCACCAUGUUCCCACUGGUAAACGUCUACCGGCUGUUUAAGUCGGGAGACUUCUGCAACACUAAAUGUCCUUUAAGAUACUGACUGGUGGAGACAUAAACAAGCCACAUGGUUAUAAUAAUAGUAGCUAUAAAAGUAAUAAUGACAGUUAUAAUAGUUAUAAUAGUAAUGGCAACAGCUAUCAGCCAUUGAGCAGGAUCGUAGGAGCAGCAGGAGGCAUGUCAUCACAGAUCAGACUCCACAGAUUCGGCAGAAAUACCUGCAGAGAGCUACAGAGAGAAAAGAAUAUGUUUCUUUCAGUCACUCACUGCACUGAUAUAUCUCCAGCAAGUACCUCCCUACAGAACCAAAAUUUGUUGUUUUUACAUGUUGUUUUUUGUACAGAUUAAAAAAAAGAGAUAUGACAUGUUUAUAAGUGAGAUUUAGAGGUGCUGGUAAGUGGAUAUUUUUACCUUUGGAUAAAGCCAGUCUGGCUGUAGAUUAAUAUUUAAGUCAUGAGAGUGAUAUUAAUCUUAUCAUACUGUGCACAAUAAAGCAGAUGAGCACAUUUUCUCAAGAUAUAGAACUAUUACUUUGUUUUGUUCAUCUCCAUCCUUUGUUAUAGAGGUACUUUUUUUUCUUGCGAUUUUUAAGCCGUGUUUGCACUUAACUUGAUAAAUGUUUGUGUCAAAGUCAUUUAAUACUCUCUGACAGGAAAAGCUUAUUAAAAAUAAGUAAAUAUAAGAAUA